AUGGGUGAGAUACUUGGAUCAGCGAGUUUUUUACAUCUCGGAGAUAUUGUCAGCUUGUACGCCGAAGGAACAGUAUCAGGAUUUUUAUCAACUCUAGGAUUAGUUGAUGAUAGAUGCGUCGUUUGUCCUGAAGCCGGGGACUUGGUUAAUCCGCCCAAGAAGUUUAGAGACUGCCUGUUCAAAAUAUGUCCUAUGAAUCGAUAUUCCGCUCAAAAGCAGUUCUGGAAAGCGGCGAAGCAGAGUGGAAGUUCAACAACGGAUGCCGUUUUAUUAAAGAGACUUCAUCAUGCCGCGGAAAUCGAAAAAAAACAAAAUGAUACUGAAAAUAAAAAAUUAUUGGGCUCCGUUGUGUCUUACGGCAACGUUGUCCAGCUACUUCACCUUAAAUCCAAUAAAUACCUGACGGUAAAUAAACGACUCCCAGCACUUUUGGAGAAAAAUGCGAUGCGUGUUUACCUGGACGCUAAUGGCAAUGAAGGCUCCUGGUUUUACAUAAUGCCCUUCUACAAAUUAAGGAGCGACGGUGAUAGCGUCGUUGUAGGUGAUAAAGUUAUAAUGGAGCCUGUUAAUUCUGGCAGACAGGGUCUUCAUGUUGCCGCAAACUACGAGCUUAGCGAUAAUCCAGGCUGUAAGGAAGUUAAUGUUGUUAAUGCCUCUACUUCCUGGAAAGUAACGUUGUUUAUGGAGCACAAAGAAAACCAGGAAGAGAUACUCAAAGGUGGAGACGUUGUUAGGCUCUUUCAUGCCGAGCAGGAGAAAUUUUUGACUAUGGAUGAGUAUAAAAAAAAACAUCAUGUCUUUUUGAGAACUACUGGAAGAACAAGCGCUACUGCGGCGACCAGUAGUAAGGCGUUGUGGGAAGUAGAGGUUGUUCAACAUGAUCCCUGUAGAGGUGGAGCAGGUCAUUGGAAUUCUUUGUUUCGAUUUAAACAUCUUGCUACCGGUCAAUAUUUAGCCGCGGAAAUAGAUAUUGAUGAGCCAUUAGACACAUCUAAAUUAAAACGUGAUUUAUCUGGAGCAGCGUACCGACUGGUGUCUGUACCCCACAGCAAUGAAAUCAGUUCACUAUUUGAGCUGGACCCUACAACACUAACUAGAGCCGACAGUUUGGUACCUCAAUCGUCAUUUGUAAGACUACAUCAUAUAUGCACAAACACUUGGGUACAUUCAACGAGUGUACCUAUUGACAAAGACGAUGAAAAGCCAGUCAUGUCAAAGGUAGGAUGCGCUAUAAAUAAAGAGGACAAAGAAGCUUUUGCUUUGAGAUCUGUUUCUCCAGUAGAAGUUCGUGACCUUGAUUUUGCGAACGACGCUUGCAAAGUGCUUGCAUCAAUUAGCGGUAAAUUGGAGCAAGGGACGAUAUCCCAUAAUGAAAGGAGAGCUGUUACAAGUUUGCUCCAAGAUAUUGUUUACUUUAUUGCUGGGUUGGAGAAUGAACAAAACAAGUCGGAAGCGCUUGAUUUGAUAGUUACAAAUGCUGUGAGAGACAGACAAAAAUUAUUGAGAGAGCAGUAUAUACUUGGGCAGUUGUUUAAGAUACUUCAAGCACCGUUUUUGGAAUCUAAUGAGGGCGAGGGACCUUUUUUGAGGAUAGAAGAAUUAAAUGAUCCUCGACACGCACCUUACAAAUAUAUAUUCCGGUUAUGUUACCGGAUAUUAAGAUUAUCGCAGCAAGAUUAUCGGAAGAAUCAGGAGUACAUUGCCAAGUUUUUUGCGUUUAUGCAAAAACAAAUCGGUUAUGAUAUUUUAGCAGAGGAUACAAUUACUGCAUUGUUACAUAAUAAUCGUAAAUUGUUGGAAAAACAUAUUACAGCAGCUGAGAUAGAGACGUUCGUUGGACUAGUUAGAAAAAAUAUGAAAAAUUGGGAAUCUAGAUUCUUAGAUUACUUAUCAGAUUUAUGUAUAUCUAACAAAAAAGCCAUUGCGGUAACACAGGAAUUAAUUUGUAAGAGUGUUCUUAGUGAUAAAAAUAAGGAUAUUUUAAUAGAUACUAAAAUGAUUAAAACUCAACUGGAGGUCGAGGAGAAUAUUAAUGAAGAGCAUGAACAUGAACACGAACACCACGACGAUACUAGCGAAAUAACUCAGAUAACGAUAUUAGAAGAGUUUGAAAUCGUUCUUACUUGGAAUAAUGGAAAACGUUCAAUGUCACUUAGCGAACUGUCAAGGGGCGCUAAAAUAGGAAACCACGAGCAUAUUGCUAUAUUGGAUUACUAUAGACAUCAAUUAAAUUUAUUCAGUAAUAUGUGUCUUAAUCGACAGUACUUGGCUUUGAAUAAUUUGUCCCCGCAUUUAGAUAUUGAUUUAAUUUUAAAGUGCAUGGAGGAUGAAACGGUACCUUAUGAGCUACGUGCUUCCUUUUGCCGCCUCAUGUUACAUUUGCACGUCGAUCGAGACCCUCAAGAACCUGUAACGCCUGUUAAAUACGCUCGUCUGUGGUCAGAAAUUUCAUCAAAAAUUAGUAUCAACGAUUAUGACACUAAUAAAAUGCCAGAUGAAAAUAAAGAAGCCGUCAGAGCUCGGUUUAGCUCGACAAUACUGUUUGUCGAAGAUUAUUUAUGUAAUGUCGUGUCGAAUGUCUGGUCAUUUGCAGAUCAUGAACAAAAUAAACUCACAUUUGAAGUUGUUAAAUUGGCAAGGGAUCUCAUUUAUUUUGGAUUCUAUAGCUUUAGCGAUUUACUGAGAUUAACUAAAACGCUACUCAAUAUACUCGACUGUGUGUCUGAUAAGGAUUUCAUUGAUGGGAAAAUAUCGUCAACCAGUGAAAGUGAUACCGAAUCGUUGGAUUCUAAAAAUGAAGCUGAAGGUGGUGUAUUGAAAUGUAUAGGAGACAUGGGAGCAGUAAUGACAAGUCUAGCUCUUGGACCCGCAGGUCAAACGAUGUCCGGAAGUUCUUCGCCUCGAUCGAGCCCAGCGGCUAAAAAAGAAUAUCCGCUUGUGAUGGAUACAAAGCUAAAAAUAAUUGAAAUCUUGCAGUUUAUUCUUGACGUUCGGCUUGAUUAUAGAAUAUCCUGUCUGCUGAGUAUCUUCAAAAAGGAAUUUGAUGAGAACGAAAGAAUGUCAGGCGACGGGAGUCUUGAGCAGAAAGGAAUAGACUUAGAAGCUAUUGGUACUCAAGCGGAAGGAAUAUUUGGUAGUAGUGACGAAUGCUUAGCAUUAGAUCUCGAUGGACAAGGCGGUCGUACAUUCCUGAGAGUUUUGCUGCAUUUAGCAAUGCAUGAUUACCCUCCGUUAGUAUCUGGCUCUCUCCAUUUAUUAUUCCGACAUUUCAGUCAAAGACAAGAAGUCCUUCAAGCGUUUAAGCAGGUUCAAUUGCUAGUUUCGGACAGUGAUGUGGAGUCUUAUAAGCAAAUUAAAGCCGAUUUAGAUGUUCUACGUCAGUCAGUGGAAAAAUCAGAGCUGUGGGUUUAUAAAUCAAAGUCAGUUGAAGAGCAUGGAGGUAAAAAGAAGAAGAGCAAUAAAGAAGACGAGGAUGAGGGUGCGACUCCCCGUAAAAUGCCUCCGAAGUUGGCUCAGAUAGAUAAGCGAGGGUCUGCUAUUGAUUUGGACGUCGGACCGCCUCUUCAUGCGGACCAAGCUGAAGAAUACAGAAAAAUUCAACAAAUAUUAAUAAGAAUGAAUAAAUUAUGCAUUCAAACCCUACCUGGUGGCAUUGUCAAGCCGCGCAAACAUGAGCAAAGGCUCUUACGUAACGUCGGUGUCCACACAAUUGUUUUAGACCUCCUUCAAGUUCCAUUUGACUGCAAAGAAGAUACUCGGAUGAAUGAAUUAAUGCGACUUGCUCAUGAAUUUCUUCAAAAUUUCUGCCUCGGUAAUCAACAGAACCAAGUUCUUCUUCACAAACAUCUCGAUUUAUUUUUGAACCCCGGCAUACGGGAAGCUCAAACAGUCUGCAGUAUUUUUCAAGACAAUUCAACGCUCUGCAAUGAAGUCAGUCCAAAAGUGAUUCAACAUUUCGUUCACUGCAUUGAAACUCACGGUAGACAUGUUCAAUAUUUGAAGUUUCUUCAAACUAUUGUCAAAGCGGAAAAUCAAUUUAUCCGAAAGUGUCAGGAGAUGGUGAUGCAAGAGCUGGUUCAAGCUGGAGAAGAUGUACUUGUAUUUUACAACGACCGCGCGUCAUUUAAUUAUUUUAUUGAAAUGAUGAAGUCGGAAAGAUACCGCAUGGAUGAAAGCAGUCCACUCAAAUAUCACGUCGAGCUUGUCAAGCUAUUAGCUUGCUGUACAAUGGGGAAAAAUGUCAACACGGAAAUAAAAUGCCACAGCCUUCUGCCGCUCGAUGACAUUGUCGCGAUGGUGUCUCAUCCCGACUGUCUUCCCGAAGUCAAAGAAGCUUAUAUCAAUUUUCUAAAUCACUGUUAUAUUGACACUGAGGUUGAGAUGAAAGAAAUUUACACAUCAAAUCACAUGUGGUCACUUUUUGAGCGGUCCUUUACCGUCGACAUGGCAAUAAUCGGGACCGCGACGCACGACAGGAAUCACGCUGACACUGCGCUGGAAAAUUACGUUCUCAAUUGUCUGAUGAACAUCAUCACUACCUUCUUCAGCAGCCCGUUUUCAGAUCAAAGUACUACCGUCCAGACCAGACAGCCAAUAUUUGUGCAAUUAUUGCACGCAGCAUUUAAAGUAUCACAAUGCGCGUGGUUGAAUGCCGGCCAGCGAUUCAAUGUCGAAAAUUGUAUCAGAACUCUAUCUGAAGUUGAGUGUCCGUCAUCUGAGGACGGAAUGGAACGAUUUGCAUGUCCGACUCCCGACAGAAUGGGCAGGUAUCGGUGCAUCGACGAUCACACAAAGGCACAUUUGGACGUACUGGCAGAGGCUUUACUGCGAUGGGUCAGAGGCCGCUAA